GGGGCGCGGGCGGCCAGGUGGCGGGUGCACUGUCUGAGCGCUCCUUGCAGCAGAGCUGCACGCCUCCAAUCCCGGCCGGUGAUCGCCCUCGCUCUCCUCCCUGUCCCCAUGUCGAGGACGGAGCUGAUCCAGAAGGCGAAGCUGGCCAAGCAGGCCCAGCGCUACGAGGACAUGGCCACCUUCAUGAAGGCCGCGACGGAGCAGGGCGCCGAGCUGGCGGAGGAGGAGCGCGGCCUGCUCUGGGUGGCCUACAGGCGCGUGGUCUCGAGCCGCAGGGCCGCCUGGAGGGUCAUCUCCAGCAUCGAGCGGAAGACCGACGCCUCCGACCAGCAGCUGCGAGUGACCAAGGACUUCCGGGAGACGGUGGAGUCCGAGCUGAGGGGCAUCUGCACCACGGUCCUGGAAUUGCUGGAUCAGUAUUUACUAGCCCACGCGACGAAUCCGGAGAGUAAGGUCUUCUAUCUGAAAAUGAAGGGAGAUUACUUCCGGUACCUGGCCGAAGUUGCACCUGGGGAUGACCGGAAACAGAUGAUAGAUCAUACCCAAGGAGCUUACCGAGAGGCUAUGGACAUAAGCAAGAGAGAGUUGCAGCCCACACACCCCAUUCACCUGGGGCUGGCUCGUAACUUCUCUAUCUUUUACUAUGAGAUCCUUAAUGACGCCCAGCUUGCCUGCGCACUGGCCAAGACGGCUUUUGGUGAAGCGGUUGCAGAACUCCAUAAGCUGAAAGACCCGCACAAGGACAGCAUCCUCAUCUUGCAGUUGCUUAGAGACAACCUCAUACUAUGGACACCAAACAGUGCAGGAGAAGAAGGUGAUGCGGCUGAAGGAGCCAAAAACUAACCGCAGACCGAGUGCCAUCCUCCCUCCCUCCAGAAGCCUUUGUGCACAUCUCCAUCCCUGGCUCCAUGUGGGUUUCCUAGAGCAACGGAAGCCAUUCGUGUGUAUGGACUCAACGGUGUGUAGACUUUUCACACUGCGGCUGUGGGAAAAUUCCGUUCCUUGAUCUGCGUUUGUCUUGGCCUUCUCGGUGUGCGGUUACUGCUGUAGAAAAGUAUGAAUGGCUCCAUUUCACAUAAACACAAAUAACUUCCAAACGCUUACAUAGAGGACUAAAAAUGUAUUUGGUAUUUAAGGAAUCAGAACCAGUUCUGCAAGUGACUGUGUUUUGUAUUACUGUGAAGAUCUCAAAAUGGAGUUGAUUACAAUUGAAAGAGGGUUUUACAUAACUUCUUAAUUUCUACAUUCCCUCCCUUACCGGAUUCCUUUCGGUGAGCAAGUUUCCAUGUUCUUAAUGUGUUCCUUUUUGGCAGGAAUCUGGAUGUACUAGAUGGAAUGGGAAGGUAUUUGGCAUUCUGGGCUGCUGGUCACCAGUUGAAAUGCCUCCUGUGUCACACAUGGUGGAAGUCUUUGUUGCAACAGGGGGUUUCCUUAGUCAUUCUUCAUUUGCUGCUGUUUCAGUUGACAACUUCCUUUCCUAAUAAAAACUCACUUACAAAAAAAAA